CCGCCUCGGGACGGAGCCAUGCGGCGCUGGGCCUGGGCCGUGGUCGCGGUCCUCCUGGGGGGCCUCGGGGCCCGGCCGGAGGCGCAGAGGACGCAGGAGCCUGGCCAGCGCGCGGAUCCCCCCAACGCCACCGCCAGCGCGUCCUCCCGCGAGGGGCUGCCCAAGGCCCCCAAGCCAUCCCAGGCCUCAGGACCUGAGCUCUCCGAUGCCCACAUGACAUGGCUGAACUUUGUCCGGCGGCCGGACGACAGCGCCUUGAGGAAGCGGUGCGGAAGCAGGGACAAGAAGCAGCGGGACCUCUUGGGUCCCCCAGGACCUCCUGGGCCCCCCGGCCCCCCAGGACCUCCAGGUGCAGAAGUUACCCUGGAGACUCUGCUGCGCGAGUUUCAGGAGCUGCUGAAAGAGGCCACGGAGCACCGGUUCUCAGGGCUCCUGGACCCACUGCUGCCCCAGGGGGUGGGCCUGCGGCUGGUGGGAGAGGCCUUUCAUUGCCGGCUGCAGGGCCCCCGCCGGGUGGACAAGCGGACACUGGUGGAGCUGCAUGGUUUCCAGGCUCCUGCUGCCCAAGGCGCCUUCCUGCGAGGCUCCGGUCUGAGCCUGGCCUCAGGUCGGUUCACAGCCCCCGCGUCCGGCAUCUUCCAGUUCUCUGCCAGUCUGCACGUGGACCACAGUGAGCUGCAGGGCAAGGCCCGGCUGCGGGCCCGGGACGUGGUGCGUGUUCUCAUCUGCAUCGAGUCGUUGUGCCAGCGCCACAUGUCCCUGGAGGCCGUCUCAGGCCUGGAGAGCAACAGCAGGGUCUUCACGGCACAGGUGCAGGGGCUGCUGCAGCUGCAGGCUGGACAGUACGCUUCUGUGUUUGUGGACAAUGGCUCCGGGGCCGUCCUCACCAUCCAGGCGGGCUCCAGCUUCUCCGGGCUGCUCCUGGGCACGUGAGGGCGCCAAGGGGGGCUGGGCGAGGAGCUGCCGCCGGAUCCCGGGGACCCUCCCACUGAUGCCUGUGGUCACCACAAUAAAGAGCCCGCCGC